AUGACAUCCCCGCCCGCACCGUCCCCCACGGUCCUGUACGACGAGGAGCGGCGCCCGCGCGCGGACCGGCUCGCGCCGCCCGACGUUGCUGCGCUGAUGCGUUCCAAGCGCCGCUGGUGGCGCCGCGACGAGCCGCGCAGCGUGCGCGUCGCGCUCAUGUGCUUGUCGAUCGCGAUGAGCGCCGUGCAGGCCAACGGCGUGUACUGCUGGUCGACAUACGGGCCGGUCGUGUCCAAGACGCUCGGGCUGAACGGGACCCAGGCGCAGACGAUUGUCGUCGGGGGCAUCCUCGGCGUGUACCUCUGUGCAGCGCCAGUCGGCGCCCUGACAGACCACUACGGCCCGCGCGCGGGCUCGCUGCUCUCCGCGAUCCUCGGCGCCGCGGGAUACUUCACCUUCGCGGCGGUCCUCAAGGCGUCCGAUACCGCCGCGCCGAACGCCUACCUCGUCCUCACGGCAUGCUACUUUGCCGUCGGGGCCGCGACGGUCGGCUCCUACUUCUCUGCACUGACAACCGCAUCGCUCUCGUUUCCCGCAUACCCGACCCUGUCGCUCUCCCUCCCGCUGGCGCUCAUCGGCCUGUCACCCUCCUUCCUGUCUUCCUUCUCGCCGUGGUUCACGCUCCCGGGCGGCGAGCUCGAUGCGGUCAACUACAUCACCUUCCUUGGCCUGCUCAGCCUCGCCGUCAACCUCUUCGGCAGCGUGUUCAUGCGCGUCACGCUGCCCGAGCUGCCGGUCGUCGACGACGCAGACUCGAUCGAUAGCGACUACCACUACGGCUAUGGCCCCGCCGAGGCGGCCGCAGACCUCAGCGCAAGCCUCCACCUCGACGAGCGCACGCCACUGCUUAUCGGCGGCGUAGAGGCCGCGCGCGAGGACGUAGAGGCUGAAAUGAGCGGCAAGGAGGUCAAGUGGAGCACCGUGCGCCUUAUCAAGAACCCUGGCUUCUGGGCGUUUGGCGGCAUCCUCACGCUGUGUAUCGGACCGUCCGAGAUGAUCAUCGCCACCAUCGGCACGAUCCUCACCAGCCUCCUGCCGCCCGAGCAGCUCGUGGCUGUCAAGCAGUUCCUCGCCCAGAGCAUGGGCCACCCGCUGCUUUCGGUGUCGACGCUCGCCACCAGCGCUGCCGAGUCGUCCGCCCUCGAGCUUCGCAACAAGCACGUCCUCAUUCUGUCCAUGUGCUCGACCGUAGCGCGCUUGCUGACUGGAUUUGCGGCCGACCGCCUGUCCCCUGCGCCCGUCGCCGUCCCUGCGCCCGUGUCCGACGACCCCGCCGCCCCGUCCCACUACUUUGUCCAGCAGGACCCCAUCAUCCUGUCCCGCUCCGCCUUCUGCUCCAUCUGCACCGUCGGCCUCGGUGCCGUGCUCGCCUGGUCGGCAGCGUACCUGAAGGACGAGGCGCACUUCUGGGUGCUCUCCGCCGGCGUCGGCGCACUCUACGGCGCAAUCUUCACCCUCACCCCCGCCAUCACCUCGAGCCACUUUGGCCCGACCAACUUUGGUCUUGCAUGGGGCCUCGUGUCCUACUUCCCUGCGCUGGGAUCCGCCGUAUUCUCGUACACGUACGCCUUCCUCGCCGUGUCCAGCACCACCGUCACCCCAGAUGCGUCGACCGACCAGACGCUCUGCUACGGGCCCAAGUGCUUCAGCACGACCUUCUUCAUCUCGGCCGUCGGGUGCGUCGUCAGCGCCAUUGGACUGUUCCUCCUCGGCCAGCGAUGGCGUGUGUAGGUGUACGCCGCCGUCAUCAUCAUCAUCAAGCAAGCGGCCUUCUCAGCAACGACAUCAAGCUCCAGUAUACCCCAUCCAUCAAAGACCACAUCCAACCCCAACCCCGCUAGCUGUCAUUAAUUUCCCACCUUCCCUCAUCCACAGAAUCCCAUCAUUUUCACGACGCUGUUGCACGAUUACAGAAUACAGUAGCUACACCAAGCCGUAUGCAUUGCACGAG